CCCCGGCUACAGAAACGAAACGGAGCAAGAGAAGAGAAAGAGAGUCUCCACACGCGCGACGUGAGUGGAACGUGCCACGCCCACGCGGUCGUCGGCUGGAGACGCCCCACUGAUUACGCGAGCCCCAAGGCCCCGACCCACCCCACCAGCACAGCGCCCUCGCCGCCCGCCGCUCACCUGCCCCGCGCCCCUCCGGCCGUAUAAAUACAAGGCGCCCGUGGCGGAGAUGGGCACCGCUUUUUCCUCCUCCUCUUCCACCCCAGAGUCCAGAGCUAUGGCGCUCGCCAAGGCCAAGGAGAUCGUCGCCUCCGCUUCCGUCGUCGUCUUCAGCAAGUCUUACUGCCCUUUCUGUGUUCAAGUGAAGAAGUUGCUCACGCAGCUUGGAGCAAGUUUCAAGGCCGUUGAGAUGGACACUGAAAGCGAUGGAACUGAGAUUCAGUCAGCUCUUGCUGAAUGGACUGGGCAGAGGACUGUUCCCAAUGUCUUCAUCAAUGGAAAACACAUCGGUGGCUGUGACGAUACUAUUGCACUGAACAAGGGAGGGAAGCUGGUUGCUCUGCUGACAGAGGCUGGAGCGAUCUCCGGUUCUUCUUCGAAGACCACCGUCACUGCUUAGCUUUGUUUGCGAGUUGUUGUGAUCGACAUGUUAGUGUGUUACAUGAGUUGCAUUGUUCCCGUGUCAUGAAAUAACGAAGUUGGAUGUGUUUGGCAAGUUCAGGGCUUGUUGCUGUCUAGCAUGUCCGCAGCGACUGUUAAAUCUCAGUGUAAAACUCGUUAGAAAUAAAGCAAAUUAUUUUGGUGAUA